AUGGCGUCCUUUGAGCAAGUGGAUACCAACAAUGAUGGUGUGAUCUCGCGGGAAGAGUUCAUGGCGGCACGGGUCCCAAGCACCUUGCCAGCUGGCACAGCCUUUCCCGGCGCACCCACAGCAAUGCCGGGAACCAAUUUCAUGAUGGAACCCGUCACCAUGCCACCGGGUGCAGCAAUGGCACCUGGUGCAGCCUAUGCAGCCCCCACCAUGGGCACCAUGGGAAGCAUGCCGCCCAUGAUGGGCAUGAUGCCGCCCACCUAUGCGGCCCCUCCGACCAUGCCGACCAUGCAGAGCAUGCAGGCACCCGUGACAUAUGCUGCCCCUAUGGCCCAGGCUGCCCCUUACACGCAGGAGCAGCCCGUGACAUAUGCUGCAACUCUUGCGCAGUCUCCACCACCUGGGGCGACGUACGCUGCACCAGUCACACAGGCACCAGUCUAUGCGCAGAUGCCGGGACAAGUGAGUUAUGGCGCCCCUUCCAUGGUCCACGAAGGCACUGAGACCGUGAUACCGGAGCCCAUCGAUGCCACAGUGAACACUGUGGCCACCACUGAGACGACGGUCACCACGAAUACCCUGGCACCGCAGCCCAAGAGACCGAUCGGUGGAACCAUCAUGGGCACCACCACUCAAGUGAAGGUCUCCGUGGAGGGUGUCAAGGAUUCUGGCAAGGCCUUCUUGGAAGGAGAGCAUCGCCCCAUGGUUCAGUCCAUGCGAUCCCAGGGCGAGGCCGAAUAUGUGGCAGGCAUCAACACCGAAGUGGACGCGCCACCGCAGAUCACCGUGCAGCGUCAGGAGGAAGUAGUGGAAGGUCAGCAGAUUCAGAAGAUCGUGGAGAUCCCCACCGUCCAAGAGGUAGUGGAAGAACAGGAGGUUCCGGAGGUGCAGGUCAUCAACAAAGUGGUGGAAGUGCCACAGGUGACACAGCAGGAAGUUGAAGUGGUCCGCGAGCAGAUUGUCCACGUGCCAAAGAUCAUCGAACAGAAGCGGAUUCAGCAGCGCACUGUGGAGCAAGUCGUCGAUAUCCCAAUUCCACAGGUGGUUGAGGAGGUGGUCCACAUCCCGGUGUCAGUGACACAGACACGACAGUUCCACCGAACAGUGGAGCAAGUUCAGGAAGUUCCCAUUCCAAUGACGCAACAAGAGGUGGUUGAGGUCCCUGAGAUCAUUACACAGGUGCGAGUUCAACAGCAGCAGGUGGUGCAGGAGGUGGAGGUCCCAGUUCCAAUGAAGCAGGAGGAAGUGGUGCACGUCCCCAAGGUGGUGAAGCAGAUUCGCACCAUGCACCAGCCCGUGGAACAGAUCGUGGAGGUCCCUGUGCCCAUGACGCAGGAAGAAGUUGUCCAUGUGCCCAAGGUCAUCACGCAGACCCGGGUGCAACAGCAGCACGUGGAGCAAGAGGUGGAAGUCCCAGUGCCCAUCCAACAAGAGGAGGUGGUCCAUGUGCCGAAGACCGUCACCCAGACCAGGGUGAAGCACCAGCAAGUGGUGCAGGAAGUAGAGAUUCCUGUCCCUAUGCAGGAGGAAGAGGUGAUCCAUGUGCCAAAGACUGUGACUCAAACUAGAAUCAAACACCAACAAGUAGAGCAAAGCGUUGAGAUUCCAGUUCCAAUGCAGGAGGAGGAAGUGGUGCACGUUGCAAAGACCAUCACACAGACCCGAGUCCGUCACCAGCAGGUGGAACAGAGUGUGGAAGUUCCAGUGCCUAUGACCGAGGAACAAGUGGUUCAUGUUCCAAAGAUCAUCACACAGACUCGUAUCAGGCAUCAGCAGGUGGAGCAACAAGUGGAAAUCCCAGUGCACAUGACGGAAGAGGAGGUGGUUCAUGUGCCAAAGACAGUCACACGGACUCGUGUCUCUCAACAACAGGUGGAGCAAACUGUCGAGGUUCCAGUCCACAUGACGCAAGAAGAGGUGGUGCACGUUCCGAAGACCAUUACUCAGACGCGCAUCAGGCACCAACAGGUGGAGCAGAGCGUGGAAAUUCCUGUUCACAUGACAGAGGAAGAGGUGGUCCAUGUCCCAAAGACCAUCACGCAGACCCGAGUCCGUCAUCAGCAGGUUGAGCAGAGUGUGGAAAUCCCAGUGCACAUGACUGAGGAGGAAGUUGUCCACGUUCCCAAAACCGUGACUCAGACCCGUGUUCAGCACCGAACGAUCGAACAAACCGUGGAAGUGCCAGUGCAUCUUCCACCCGGAGCUGCAGCACAAGGUCCAGUUCAGACGGUGGAGGUGCCGGUGCCCAUGACCCAGGAGGAAGUGGUGCAUGUUCCCAAGGUGAUCACCCAGAACAGGGUGAGGCACGAACAGGUGGAGCAGACAGUGGAAGUACCUGUGCCAAUGACUCAGGAGGAAGUUGUGCAUGUCCCAACUGUCGUAGAACAAGAACGCAUCUCCCACCAGCACGUUGAGGAGGUGGUCGAAGUGCCCGUGCCGAUGACCGAAGAGAAGGUGGUGCACGUGCCAAAGGUGGUGCAGCAGGAGCGUCAGCACCAUUUCCAUGUGGUGGAGACUGUAGAUGUUCCAAUCGAACAACAUGUGGAACAGGUGGUGCACGUUCCUGUGGUGAGCCGUGGGGAACGCAUUGUGCACAACCCAGUGGACUUAGAGGUUGAAGUGCCACGCCCCAUUGUUGUGGAGAAGUGCAUCGAGGUUCCAAAAAUUCAGGUGGAGGAGAGGACGGUGCGAGUGCCAAAGAUUGUGAACACCGUGGUGGAUCGAGUGGUGCGACACUCGAUGGAGACUGUGGAAGUGGUGAAACCUACGGUGGUUCACAAGGUGGUGCAGAGGAAAAAACCCGUGGUGCAGGAGCGGGUGCAACACGUCCCCAAGGUCUUCAUCCAACAAGUUCAGGUGGAGAAGGUGGUAGAGAAACCUGUUGAGGUGCCACAGAUCCAAUUCGUGGACGAGGUGGUUGACGUACCAAUGGUGAAGCACCGACACGUGCCCACAGUUGUGAAGCAGCAGAAGGAAGUUGAAGUGCCACAAGUGGAGUACGUGGACGAGCACAUUGAGAUCCCCAUGGUAAAGCAGGUCCACGUGCCCACCAUUCAGAAGGUGCAGAAAACGGUGAAGGUGCCGCAGAUCCAAUACGAGGAUCAGAUUGUGGAGGUACCAGUGCAGAAGCAGGUGAACGUUCCCAUGAUCGAGAAGGUCCAAAAGAUUGUGGAAGUGCCUCAGAUAGAAUACGAAGAUCAAGUGGUUGAGAUUCCACAGAUCAAGCACGUCCACGUUCCUAUGAUUACAAAGGUGCAAAAGUCUGUGGAUGUUCCUCAGAUCGAGUAUGAAGACAAGAUCGUGGAGGUCCCCAUCCAGAAGCCAGUGCAAGUGCCUGUGAUCCAGAAGGUUCAGAAAGUGGUGGAAGUGCCCCAGAUCGAGAUCGAAGAGCAGAUUGUGGAAGUCCCUGUGCAAAAGCACGUGCGGGUGCCCAUGAUCCAAAAGGUUCAGAAAAUGGUGGAAGUGCCCCAGAUCGAGAUCGAAGAGCAGAUUGUGGAAGUCCCUGUGCAAAAGCACGUGCGGGUGCCCAUGAUCCAAAAGGUGCAAAAAAUUGUGGAGGUGCCUCAGAUCGAGAUCGAAGAACAAGUGGUGGAGGUUCCAGUGGCGAAGCAAGUGCAGGUGCCGAUGAUCCAAAAGGUACAGAAGAUGGUGGACGUCCCUCAGGUCGAAUAUGAAGAUCAGGUGGUUGAAGUGCCAGUGCAGAGCCGUGUGCAAGUGCCGAUGGUUCAAAAGGUUCAGAAGGUGGUUGACGUGCCGCAGAUCGAAUACGAGGACAAGGUGGUGGAAGUUCCAGUGCAAAAGCAUGUCCAGGUGCCGAUGAUCCAAAAGGUGCAGAAGAUGGUGGAGGUUCCUCAGGUGGAAUAUGACGAUCAAGUCGUGGAUGUUCCGGUUCAGAAGCAGGUGCACAUCCCUUUCCAGCAGGUGCAGGUGCCUAUGGUCGAAAAGGUGCAGCGAUCUGUUGAGGUGCCACAGGUGGAGUUUGUGGAUGAGGUCAUGCAAAUCCCUGUGGCCAAACAGGUGAACGUGCCCAUGGUGUCGAAAGUGGAGAAGGUUGUAGAGAUUCCUCAGGUUCAGUAUGUGGACAAAGUGGUCCCCAUCCCUGUCCAGAAGCAGGUGAACGUCCCUAUGAUUACCCAAGUUGAGAAGAUCGUGGAGAUCCCUCAAGUCGAGUUCGUGGACACGCACAUCCACAUCCCGGUGCAGAAGCAUCGCCAGGUGCCAGUGCAGGUACCCGUUGAGAAGCCGGUGGAGGUGAACGUCAUUGAGACCACUGAGAAGGUGAUUGAUGUGCCGGUUGUGAAGCAGAUUGCGGUUCCACAAAUUCAGACCAUCGAAAAGAUUGUGGAGAUUCCCUUCGUGCAGGUGGUUGAGAAGGUGGUGGAAGUUCCGCAGGUUGGAUCCACCACGCAGGGCUCCGUGCGGGAGGAGCACGUGGAGGGGGAGACCAAGCGAGAGGAGCAUCCCGCGCAGGUGGUGCAACAGGUGUUGGCAGGUCCCUCCCACCCCGUCGAGUACGUCACCGAGACAGAGGAGCCGCCUCCGGUGCAAGAACCCAUUCAGACGGCAACAUGUGCCGUGCCAUGUGUUCUCACCAGCACGGCCUUGAGGUAUCACUCGAAGGGAUGCCCCGUUCCCUUGCCACAUGGCCUAGCUGGGGAGGUGGAAAAAUUGCUUGCAGAGAAGGAUGACAUGUGGCCACGCAAGCAGCGUGUAGAACAGGUGAAGGAGGUGACCUAUCCAGGGUUUCUGGGCCACCGGGCCACCAUGGUCCACCGCGUGCCGGC